AAUAAAAAAAUACAAUCCUGCUGGUACGUGACUUUUCCUAAAAGUGUCUGUAUUUUUACUUACAAUGGGUUUCAUAUAAAUUACACAAAAGAAAAAGAAAAUAUGAUCAUUUUUACCUAUUUCAGCCAUACGCGUUCAUUUUGACCACACUGAAUUUCGCGCUAUUCUAUUGUUCUAUUUUUCACGUGCUUUGUUAUACAAAUAGGAACUAUUGUCAAAGAAACAUCGCUAGCGGUCUCUAGUGCAAUUAGCAUAUGCUAAUUUGCUUAUAAAUACAAAUUAUUAGACUAAAUUGGCUAUCAGUACAAUAAUUUAAGAAAUUCAGUAAUUGCCUAGGUUGGAGUUUAUAAGGAGCCUUUAGAAAAUGUCUGAAAUGAGUGAAAGAAUGAAGAGAAAGAUGACCGCUGCCAUGGCCUUGGAGAUGCUUCAGAACUUGGACAGCGAUGACUCUGACGCAGGGGAUCUAUCGGAGGUGGAAAGUGACAGCGACCUUUCCUUUGUGCAAGAAAACACUUCGUCCUCAUCAGAGAGUGAUUCAGAGUCCAUACCGAGGAAAAAGAGGCGGCUACUUUCAUUGGAGACUAGGGAUCCAGAUGUUCCGUUCACGGCUGACGUUCCAGGCCUUCCCGAACCAGUACCUGCUCUUGAGUCAACUGGAGUGCUCAGCCCGCCCUUGGAGUCAUCUCGGCCGGAGGCCGCUGUGGAAAAGGGGAAGGAUGGGACGGUGUGGACGGUCCUUCAGUCAACUGAACGUCCAGGGAGAAGGCAGAGCCAAAAUGUCCUGACUGAAGCUGCUGGCCCCACAGCGCACGCAAAGCGCAACAUCGGAGAUGCGCUCACGGCCUUCUUGUGUGUGUUUGAUGAUGGCAUGCUGAAACACAUUAGGGACUGCACUGUUCCUGAGGCACAUCAGCACCGUGGUGACAGCUCAUGGGACCUGACAGUGGCUGAACUGAAGGCCUUCAUAGCGCUGCUAUAUAUCCGUGGAGCACAGGUGGUCGGAAAAAUGGGGCUUCCCGUUUUUCAAGGAAACCAUGUCCAGAAAUCGCUUCAGGGAGAUAAUGAAAUUCCUGCGGUUCGACAAAAAAGAGACCCGACGUGUGCGUCUGCAGGAUGACAAAUUUGCCCUGGUAUCGGCCACUUGGAAUAAGUUUGUUCAGAACAGCAUAGCCUGCUACAAGCCCGGUGCCAACAUAACCAUUGAUGAGCAGCUGUUCCCCACCAAGGCCCGGUGCAGAUUUAUCCAGUACAUGGGAAAUAAGCCUGAUAAAUUUGGAAUAAAAUUUUGGCUGGCUGCGGAUGUCAACUCAAAAUAUAUGCUGAACAGGGCUCCAUAUCUGGGAAAAGAGGAGACGUGGAGCAGAGGUCAGCUAGUGGGAGAGAGUGUGGUGCUGAGACUGGCGGAGCCAUUCCUGGGGAAGGGAAGAAAUAUUACUACAGAUAAUUUCUUCACUUCUCUCAAACUAGCCACCGCCUUACAGGCCAAGAAGACCAGCCUGGUUGGCACCCUGGGGAAAACGAAGCGUGAGUUGCCCCCCUCCGCAAAAGAGCAAGCGGAGCUGUUCAGCACAAAGGUGCUAAAAUGUGCAAAUGCGACGCUCACCAUCUACCAGGGAAAGCCGAGGAAGAAUGUGUGCAUUCUGAGCUCCGUGCACACAAGCGUGGGCAUUACCGAUGGGCCGAAGGCAAAGCCGGAGUCGGUAACAUACUAUAAUAACACCAAAUAUGGCGUGGACAUCCUGGAUCAGAUGGCAAGGGCGUACUCUGUGAAAGGCGGUACGCGUAGAUGGCCAGUGGCUGUCUUCUAUAACAUCCUCGACCUGGCUGGAAUCAAUGCCCACAUCCUCUUCAAGGAGUGCACCAGCAGCAAGAUAGCCCAGAGGAAGUUCAUGCAGCAACUGGCAGAGGAGCUGAGAGCGGAGUUCAUGGAGGGAAAGGGGGCAGCAUGGCAGUUGGCACAAGGUCCCAGUCAGCAGCAGAAGCAACUACCACAGCAGACACCAAAACGGAGGCAGUGCCAGGUUCGGAGAAGCUGCAAACAAAAUAAAACACACGACACCUGCAAAUGCCGCAAACCUGUGUGUGGAAAUUGUGCACGGAGAAUAGAGGUUACUUGCGUUGACUGUGAAGCUUAAAUAGCCAAGCACGCUAUUGAUGUAAUUAGUUAAUAUAAAAUUAGUAGCCUAAUCCUUUUAUGGUUCUAAACGUCGUUCGUGGCUCUUUUUUUAAGCUUUUCCGAUUAUUUUCUGUGUUGUUUAAAUGUGUUUAAAUGUGUUAUAAAUGUUAAAACAAACUUUUUCAGAAUCAAAUAGAUCCUUUUAAUUGUUAUUAUCUUGUUCUGAGUUAUGCUGAAUAAAUACGGAAAAAUACUGGUGUGAAUUUAGCUUAUGCGAUAAUUACGGUUUACUGUAUGCGAUGAUGUGAAUAUUGAUAAAUGUAUAAUUAAACUUUUUUAAAUGUA